AUGAGGAAAGAUUCAAUGAGCACUGAAAUUAGUGCUUUUGAUAUCGACAGUUACUCUAAUUUAGCCAUUGCCUCUUAGCAGCAAGAUCAAAAUAAAUACACUCCGACAAUAUCAUAUGUAAAAGCCGGUAAUAAAUUCAUCUGGGCCAAAUAUCCUCAAUCCUCAGCCUAUAUUAAGAUUUCAGCAAUAAAAUUUCAACAUAAGGUUAAAGAAUCUAAAAAAAUACUAGUAGUUUUUGAUAGGCUUAAUUUAUUCAUAAUUGACCCUUAAUAAAGCCAGAUUGGCACAUAUCAAGUUCUUGGAAAGUGGUCAAUCAAUCUUAACACUCCCAGAGUAGAUUACUUUUUAAAAUAUCUUAUAAAGGAGGAAAGAGAAAAUCAUAAUAAUGAAGAAAGUUAGCACAUUUAUCAUGAAAAAACUUAAGAUUGA